AUGAGACCCCAGAAUUCCAACCUUGUGAAGCUGCUCUGCCUUCUAGGGACCAUUUCCUCUCUGCCUCGGAUUGGAGCCCUUUUGUGCUACGAAGCAACCGCCUCAUACUUCAGAGCACUCACUCUUCACAACUGGAAGUGGGAAUUGUUGAGGAGCAUGGUCUGUCAGAUGAGAGAGGGCUGCGAGGAGACACUGCUGUUUAUCGAGACAGGAACCAAAAGAGGAGUUGUGGGAUUUAAAGGCUGCACUUCUAGCUUAUCUUACCCCGCACAAACCUCUUACCUGGUUCCACCGCCUGGAGUGUCCAUUGCCUCCUAUAGCCGUGUCUGCCGUCGCUACCUCUGCAACAACCUAACCAACUUGGAGCCCUUUGUGAAGCUCAUGGCUGACAACAUCAUGCCCACAGACAUUACUUCUCAUAGUUGCCCAACCUGUGUGGGUGAACACAUGAAGGAUUGCCUCCCAAAUUUUGUCACCACUGAAUCUUGCCCCAGGGAUGCUUCUCUGUGUUACAGUUCCACCUUAAAAUUUCGGGCAGGGUCUCUCAAUACCACCUUCCUCCUCAUGGGUUGUGCCCGCAGCCAUCAAAGGCUUUUAGCGAAUUUUCGGACUAUUGGGAGCAUCCGAGCAACUGAAGUUCGUAACAUCUUGGAGAAAGCUCAAUUGUCGGGAGCACAACCCUCCAGUUGGGGUCCUGCUCACAGCAUCCUCUUAGGCCUCUUACUGGCCUUCAGGUAG